AUGGCACAAACACAACUUCAAGGCACGAAUGGAGCCGCACAAAACGGAGGACGCGUAGAUGACGAUGGCUUCAAGCUCAGGUUCUGCACUGUGUGUGCUAGUAAUAACAACAGGUCAGUCUUCCGAUCCCCACUAAUCCCGCAAGCUCAUAUCGCUGACUUGACGGUCACAGAUCUAUGGAGUCGCAUCUUCGUCUAGCUGCAGCAGGCUAUCCCGUGAUAUCAUUUGGCACCGGAUCUCUGGUCCGACUGCCUGGGGCCUCUAUCACUGAACCGAAUGUAUAUCAAUUCAACAAGACUUCCUACGAUACCAUGUACAAGGAGUUGGAGAGCAAGGACCCACGUUUGUAUCGCGCAAAUGGUAUUCUCAACAUGCUUGGGCGAAAUCGAGGUGUGAAAUGGGGACCUGAGAGGUGGCAGGACUGGCGCGUGGGCGUGCCUAGAUUGGAACAUUCUACCGAUCAAGGCAGUGUAGGCGUUGAAGGCGGUGUUGUGGACGUUGUAAUCACCUGCGAAGAGCGGUGUUGGGAUGCCGUAGUUGAUGAUCUCUUAAAUCGAGGAUCGCCGUUGAAUCGCCCAGUGCAUGUCAUCAACGUUGACAUCAAGGACAAUCACGAGGAGGCUCUCGUUGGAGGUCGAGCUAUUCUUGACCUUGCAGACUCUCUAAGCAAAGCUGCCGCUGAAGAAAGAAAAAUGAAUCCAUCUGCCUUCGACAGUGGCAGUGGUACUGGAAGGUCCACUUUUGAUCAACGAGUUCCAGAGGUCAUCGCCGAAUGGCAAGACAGAUGGCCACAACUUCCAGCUCUUUGGACUUUGGCAUGGUUUUGAAGUUCUUUAUUUGAUAUGAUGAAUGGCGUUGAGGAUUGGUAUACCCAUAUUGGCGUCUAUGGCUUCGAUUUCUAGCGUGAUAUGUCACUCAAACACUCCCGCGUGGACUGGGAUAGUUGGCCUCUUGGUCAACUCGGAAACCGGUCAAUCAAAAAAAUUGAUUAAUUAUGAAGUUGAUAAACCCUUCAUGCUAAAUGAUAUUGUUUACCUUUACAUUUGGGAACCCCCAAUUCGAGAGAAUAUCGGGCGAGGCUUUUUUUACACACGGAUUUUAGUGUGAAAUAAUGGCAUAGGGCUGUACAGUAAUGCUUGUGAAGGCACGGCCGAGCGGUGGAGAAGAAAUAAGGUGUACCCAGGUAAUUGAAGCUUCAGGGACCCAAAGCAUGAAUGUCCGAAUAUUCUGGAAGGCAUCAACUCAAGCAACAACCCUCACAGAUUCAUAUGCGAACUCUUGGAUUCGAGCCAGACCAUCAGCUUAGAUCC